AUGGGUACAAAAGGUCGAUCUACUCCCCGAGUUGUGUGUUGCGCAAUCCCCAUCUCCCGCCCAUAUUCCAAGAUUCUCUUAAUCACUUCCCGAAAGCGGCCUGACCAUUGGGUCUUGCCCAAGGGCGGCUGGGAGGCUACGGAUGUUCGUUUAGAAAACGCUGCGACGCGUGAAGCGCUCGAAGAAGGUAUCUUUCUCUAUUUCCAGCAUUUCUUGGCUCUAAUAUUCGUCUUUCCCUUUUUCUUUCCCCCCUUGCAGCAGGCCCCGUCAACAAUUUACCACUUCUACGAACUCGAUGUUGCUUCUCUUGAGCAGGACUGGCUCGAAAGCAGCGAGAGACGGCGGGAGUGGGUGGACUACGCUGAGGCCGUCCGGCGACUCGAAUGGAAGCCUGAGCUUGCCAACGGACUCCGCCUUUGCUCACUUGCCCCCACACGAUGA